AUGAUCUACGAUGACUUUCUGAUACACCGAUUACUACCUAAAUCAACUUUAAAAUCAUUAUCCAUUCAUCAGUUAACAAAGAAUACAAUAAGCAAUGAAGAAGAACAACAACAACAAGUAUUAGAUAAUAAUGACAAUAACAACAACAACAAUAACAAUUAUGAUAAUAAUAAUAACCAAGUUAUUGUGAUAAACAAAUCGAUUAGAUAUUUAGAAUUAGAAAGUCAAAAUUUCGAUUCAAUCAUCAUACAGAACCCGGUUUUAUACUUUAGUAACAUACAUAGUCUGCGUUUGGUUUGCAACGAUAAAGAGAUUCACUGUGACUUUCAGUAUUUGGCGAAUGAAGAUUGCACUAUAUCAGAGAUAGUUAUCGAUCAGUAUGUUGUAUCACAUCAUCAGCUGUCAUUCUUUGAGAAACUGGCACUCAACAAAUCAAUCAAGAAGCUAGUCUAUUUGACAUCGAGUUAUAAGAAACCAAUAAAAUGGAUGGAACAAGCAAUACAAUUAUUAGAUUCCAAUCAAUCGAUUCUACUCAUACGCAUGUGUGAUGACAAACUAAGCAAACAUCUCGAUAAAUCGAAAAUUUACAAUCCAUGUAAAUCGGGUAGAUAUUUAAAAGAUUAUACACGAUCAAAAUCAUAUCUAUAG